AUGAAGACCCAAUGGAAAGACUCAGUUCCCGAAAGUGAAGAGGAAAGAUUCAGACAAAAAUGCAAGGAGUUGAAAAAAAGAGUGCUUGAAGUGGAACAAACUAAUGAAGUUGCUACUAUAGCAUUGAGUAGGACCCAAGCUUCAAUACGAAGAUUGAGACUUGAAUACGCCGUAUUGAUUGAAAGGCUAGAGGAGAGAGCUCAUCAUCUACCUGAUGGGGUUACCAAUUUCGAAGAAAUGGCAGGUCCACCAACGCCGAGUAUACUAGAUGAAAGUUUGGUCAAAACGUCCAAAAAUGGCACGAACAAGAAGUCGAACAAGAAGCCAUCUACUGGUAAAGUUGCUGUAAAUCCCUCGUCAUCACCAGCUGGUGCUGGUGCGAAAAACUCGUUGCAUAUCGCUAGCAAUGCUACAACUUCUUCAGCUGAUCAUGCCUCUACCAUACCCGUCAAUCCAGCUUUGGCCAAAUCCGCUAAACACAGGGACCCUGAUUUACCCAAAAGGCCAACCAAUGCGUAUCUUUUAUUCUGCGAACAAGAAAAGGAACGAUUAAGACAACAACAACAAGAAGAUCCAGAAAAUAACACUCGGGAUUUAUCCAAAGCCAUGACUGAAGCUUGGAAAAAGCUAAGUGAAGAAGAUAAACAACCAUUUUAUAAAUUGUAUGAAGAAGAUCGAAUCAGAUAUCAAAAGGAGAUGGUAGAAUAUACAAAGAAAAAAGAUGCAGAAUUGGGUAUAGUCAGAGCUGAUGAUGGGUCAAUACUUACAGGUGGUGGUGGAACUGAUGCCAAUGAGGAAGAGGAUGAACGAGCCGUGGAAGAACUGGAAAACAACAAUGAAGAUGAAAGAGAAACGAAACGACAAAAGACGGAUGACAGUAUUGUUGGUAGUGAAACAGAACAUCACGGAAUUCCCAAAAGUGACAUAAAAGAGGAAUCGGGAGAAUAA